ACUCAGUUGAGGGACUCAUUCCAAGUCAUACUGUUGAAGUCUGUGGAGCCCUUGAUUUUAAGGAGGGAGAAGAGAGCACAGAUGUAAAGAUCAACAUGUCUUUUAUUUUUGUUUGUUGGCUGGCUUUCCUUGGUGGCUGUGCUGGAUGUCAGCAUCACCUGUGCCAUUGCUUGGACAGGAUAUUCAUUUGUCAGGAGAGCAAGGUGAUCCAUGUCCCUAGGGACAUUCCCAGGAACUCUACUGAACUGAGAUUUGUCCUCACCAAGGUGAGAGUCAUUCCAAAAGGAGCUUUCACAGGACUGGCCGAUUUAGAGAAAAUAGAGAUCUCACAGAACGAUGUCUUAGAAGUUGUUGAAGCCAGUGUGUUUUCCAACCUCCCUAAGCUACAUGAGAUAAGAAUUGAGAAAGCGAAUAACCUUUUGUACAUUGACCGAGAUGCCUUUGAGAAUCUUCCUAACCUCAGAUAUCUGUUAAUAUUGAACACUGGUAUUAAGUCUUUGCCUGCUGUCCAUAAAGUACAAUCUUUCCAGAAAGUUUUACUUGAUAUUCAAGAUAAUAUAAAUAUUCAUAAAAUUGAAAGGAAUUCCUUCAUGGGAUUGAGUUCUGAAAGUGUCAUUAUAUGGUUAAAUAAAAACGGAAUUCGGGAAGUCCAGAGCCAUGCAUUCAAUGGAACCUACUUGGAUGAACUAAAUCUUAGUGAUAAUCAAAAUCUGGAGAAACUACCAAAUGAGGUUUUUCAAGGAGCCAUUGGGCCAGUUGUUUUGGAUAUUUCAAGGACAAGAAUCAGUUUCCUGCCCAGCCAUGGAUUAGAAAAUAUAAAGAAGCUAAGAGCAAGGUCUACAUACAAUUUAAAAAAGCUUCCUGCCUUGGAGAAGUUUGUUGCAUUGAUUGAGGCAAAUCUCACCUAUCCUAGCCAUUGCUGUGCAUUCGCAAAUUGGAAAAGACAAAUUUCUGAAUUGCAUCCAAUAUGUAAUACAUCUGGUGCCAAGCAAGACCUUGAUGAGCAGCCUGUGGACAGGAUACAUAGAAGAUCUGCAGCAGAAGAUUACAUUUCCAACUAUGCCAUAGGUUUUGACCUGCCAGAAAAUGAGUUUGACUUUGACUAUGGUUUAUGUAAUGAAGUAGUUCAUGUCGCUUGCUCUCCUAAGCCGGAUGCCUUCAAUCCAUGUGAAGAUAUUAUGGGAUACAAUAUUCUCAGGGUCCUGAUAUGGUUUAUCAACAUUCUAGCUAUCACUGGGAAUGUUGUUGUACUGGUUAUUUUAAUAAGCAGUCAAUAUAAACUUACUGUCCCUCGAUUUCUAAUGUGCAAUCUUGCAUUUGCAGACCUAUGUAUAGGCAUCUAUCUGCUGCUAAUUGCAUCUGUGGACAUAAAGACCAAAAGCCAGUAUUACAAUUAUGCCAUAGAUUGGCAAACUGGUGCAGGAUGCAAUGCUGCAGGGUUUUUCACGGUGUUUGCAAGUGAACUUUCUGUCUACACGCUAACUGUGAUUACCCUGGAAAGAUGGCACACAAUUACCUAUGCCAUGCAACUGGAUCGUAAGGUUCGCUUUCGACACGCUGCGGUGAUUAUGAUUUUUGGAUGGUUGUUCGCUUUCACUGUAGCCCUUCUUCCCAUAUUUGGAGUCAGCAGUUAUAUGAAAGUCAGCAUCUGCCUGCCAAUGGAUAUAGACAUGCCCUUUUCUCAGGCAUAUGUCAUAUUCCUCCUAGUGCUGAAUGUCCUUGCAUUUGUGAUCAUUUGUGCCUGCUAUAUUCGCAUAUACUUCACAGUGAGAAACCGCAAUGUCAUCUCUUCAAACAGUGACACAAAAAUUGCCAAGCGUAUGGCCAUCCUGAUCUUCACUGAUUUUUUGUGUAUGGCACCAAUAUCUUUUUUUGCCAUUUCAGCUUCCCUCAAGGUUCCUCUCAUCACAGUGUCAAAAUCCAAGAUCCUUCUGGUUUUGUUCUAUCCUAUAAAUUCAUGUGCCAACCCUUUCCUGUAUGCAAUUUUCACAAAAACUUUCCGCAGAGAUUUCUUCAUUUUACUGAGCAAGUUUGGCUGCUGUGAAAUGCAAGCCCAGAUUUACAGAACAGAGACUUCCUCAUCCAUCCAUAACUCCCACAUGAGAAAUGGCCAUUAUACCCCAGCUUCUAAAACUAAUGAUGGAACCAUCUAUUCACUGGUUCCUCUGAGCCAGUUGAACUGAAAUAAUUGAAUGGAUCUGGUUUUGUGGCAGCACGGUGAUCAUUUCAACUGUGAAUUUGUGCAAUGGCUUUAACAUAACACGCAACCUUAUGUUUGUAUGAGCAAAUGAAGUCUUUUUAUUGUCUGCUGUAUAUUUUAUUUUCAUGAACUGCCAUCGUAGAUGGGACAGCAGCACCAGUCCUUGAAGGAUGAAGAAUUAAACUUCAUAUCACACUGUGUCCUUGCAGAAUUAUCUCAAGAAUUCCAUAUGCAGUAGUAACUUCCCCUGUCCCCGCAGAUGGAGAUACUUACUUUGUUUCCUGAAGCUGUGCCAGGCCACUUACUGCAUUGUGGUUGAACAAUAAGUAUUAGCUCUAAAUGGUUGGGAGGGGGAAAAAAGCAAACAAAAGAAAAAAUGUUUUAUUGUAAAACAGUGAAGAAUUUAAGGUCACAAUAAAUUUGAAGAAUGAGUCAUUAGCUUUCUUUCAUUAGAGCUAACUACAUCUUUAAGCUGACAAUUUAGAAGGCCAAAAUACAACUCUGAUACCAGCACAGCCCUUUGGAAAAUAUUUCCAAAGCCCAGAAUAUUUCCAUUUCUGCUCACCAUAGUGGAAGGCUAAGGACAUAGCUUAGGCUAAGGCUAAGGCAGGAAGUGUCUUAGCUUGAACAGAAGUGCCUAUUAAUGAAGUGUUUUGACUCGGUGAUCUGUAUGUAGUUACAACAAUUGUUCUUGUGUCAUAACAUUGGCUUAAGCUUGUGAUCUUGUUAUUCUGAGCCAGAAAAUUUUGACAAGUGACGGGAUUCUUUAAUCUUACCCUUAACCUUACAAGUACCAGUGUGGUAAUUUUGGCAACCUCAGUGGAACGUGGAAGGAGCAAUAAAGGUUACUGGAGGGAAGAUAUUGGAGGAGCACCAGCAAGCCAGGCUGUACACCUUGUGGUUUGAAUGCUUGCUGCAGCUCUAGUAUUUUUGAAAAAUAGUUCUCUGAAUAAAGAGUCAAGUUAGUUUUAUAAGCUCAAAGGCUUUCUGUGCUUAUGCCCCAUUCACAGUAUAUGUAAUGUGGUCAGUGGCACUGAACAGUCUAAUGAGGGAGAGAGUGAAUAACAAGCAAAGAAAGAAGCAUCUAGAGGCAGAGCAAACAGACUUCAUGGAGGGACUCAGGAAAUGCUGAAUUUCCAGACAAAAAACUUGCACAAGCAAGAAUUCAAUCUGUAUAUAGAACUGACCAGGGACAAUAAAAAUAAAAACUGAAAGUAAACUCUUCUAUUAUUUCUUUGGGAAUAAAAGGACAAAAAGUAAACGCAACACUGUUGCCAUGAAUAAUGCCCAGAACACUGGGGUAGUUAAUAAAGUUGUUUGACAAGUACCAUGAUCCCAGGGAAAACUGGACUGUAGGGAGAGAGAAUUUUUUAAACUAAAAGCAAGAGAAAAGGGAAUAACUAGUUAUGUUGCACUGCUGAAAACUCCGGUUUCACUAUAUAACUGUGGAGGCAUUAAAGAUACGCUAAUUAGAGGCAGGAACAUUUGUGAGACACAACUUGCAUGAGGGACUGUUGAGAGGAACAGACUUAAACCCAGCAAGAACUGUCCCAGGAAAUGAUAAAACCAGUAACAGCUAGCAGUG